AGAAGAAAAGACGGAAGUGUUAGAAUAGCUGCCAACGAUUCAACUGUACGACGAGGGGCAAAGCACGAGGUUGAAUUCGUUCUCUUGUGAGCUCGUCGAACUGUCUACAACAUCAAAAUGCUGAAAGACUUGGUAAGGGAGCGACUCAUUGCGGCCGCCGACGAAAUCUUCGGACUGUUUGAAACAACGAUAGCGUCGUACGAGGAGCAACUUUGUCGAGCAAAAGAGGAGAACGAACUACAAAGACAACAACUGGAAGCUGUUUGCAAGACUCAAGUUGUGCUACAUGUCCAAGACAUCCAACGACACAGAAGUUCCAGUUUGAAGCAGGAGCAUCUACAGUCCCCUCACAUUAAGGAGGAAAAGGAGGAGGCUGACAUCAGCAAGUUGCCGCUGACUGCUCCCCAUAUUGAGAGUGUCGAUGGCAACGACGAACCACCCGAGUCGUUACAGUUACAUCACAGUCCAAGUCGAAACCGCUGUGGAGGAUCACCGCCAGAUGACCUUUUAGCUCCACUGUCAGAUUGUGAGGACAUGGAAGAACUUUUGAGGAGUGAUGUAGAACGUGAAGGUGACGACAAACAGUCGAAUCACUCUGAAAAGAUGACGACUUUUGACAAAGAGGAAACUUCACAAAUGUGUGAACAACAUUUUACUUGCUCAGUUUGCGGUAAACGUUUGGCUAACAACUCAAUAUUGAUGAGACACUUAAGAACUCACACUGGAGAAAAACCAUUUGGUUGUUUAGUUUGUGGUAAAAGAUUUACUCAAAAGCCGAGCAUGGUAUCCCACAUGAGAACACACACAGGAGAAAAACCCUUUGUUUGCUUAGUUUGUGGUAAAGCGUUCACUCAGAAGCCACAUCUUGUAUCACACAUGAGAACACACACAGGAGAAAAACCCUUUAGCUGUUCAAUUUGUGGUGGAAGGUUUCGUCAUAGGUCCAAUUUAAAUGCACACAUGCGCAAACACCAAACAGAGAGAAUAAAUGUGUUGCAAUAGUCCACCCCAAAAAAUUACUUAAAAUCUGUAAAUAUUCUGUUUUUUUUAUUUGCCGUUCACUACAAAUUAUUGUUGUCGUCAUCGUACUGCACAGCUGACUCGUCGUCAUCUUUACUCAAUUUUUAUAUUUGGUAACUAUUUCCUUGUGUAUUUAUUAGGGCUGCGUAUUGUUAAGGACCUCACGAUAUUAUACAGUUCGAUUCAGUUUGAUUUUUAUUUCUUUAGGGUGUGUUUAGAUUUGAUAUUGAUUUAAAUGCUUUAUCGAUUCAGUAAGAUAAGUAUACAGCGGCUGAAAUAAGUAUUUUAACAAGUCACCACUUUUCUCAAAUAUAUUUCCAAAGUUGCUAUUCACAUGAAACUUUCACCAGAUGUUGAGAACAACCCAAGUAUUCCAUACAUACAAAAGUAUUGAACACGCCAACUGGUAUUUAUUUAAUACUUUAUACAAAAGCCAUUGUUUGCAAUGACAGCUUCAAGAGGCCUCCUGUUUGGAGGAACUAGUCGCAUGCAUUGCUCUGGUGUGAUUUUGGCCCAUUCCGCCACACAAGCAGUCUUCAAAUCUUGAAGGUUCCGUGGGCUUCUUUUAUGGACCUUGAGUUUCAGUUGUUUCCAUAGAUUUUUGAACCCUUUUUGGAUUCAAGUCAAGUGAUUGGCCGGGCCGUUCUAGCAGUUUGUUUUUUCUUUGAAUCCAAUUUCCUUGGCGGUAUGUAUGUUUUGGAUCAUUAUCCAUUAUCAUCCGACCAGACUAUACUCGCCCAGUAUUUAACUGGCUUGUCCAAAUGUUGUUCAGCAAACCUUUAACGAGCGUUGACAUCCUUUUUUUUUCCCAGCAAUGGGGUGUGCGUGCAGGCCAUGGCAUCAGAGUGCAUUACUCACUGUUUUCCUUGUGUCAACAGCACCUGCAAAUUCCAGGAUUCUGUCUUGUCUUUUUGUUUCAUACAAAUGUAGCUGAUAAAUUUUGUGGGGUAAAAAUCUGAAGUUCUUGUUUUAUGAAAUCAUGGCUCAUUAAAUAUAUAGAUUUUCCUAAUGUAGUUGUAUUGAUGUGCAUUAAAAUACAGGGAAAAACACCAACUUGUAAUUUUUACGGGUCUCCGAAAUACGAGAAGACGUCGGUGGACCAGUCACUUCUUGGUCAAAUAUUGCUUCAAGCAUGGUAUCGCACGUUAGCACACACUGGAGUAAACACCUUUUGUUCUGUUUGCGGUCGAAGCUAUAGUCUGAGCAAAUUUGACUGCACACAAGCUUAUGCACAAUA